CGGCGAUGCGCGCUCCCGAAAAUAAACCUCUGACGCCUUCAUCCGGGAACUACUACGGACUCGUUCUCCAACAUGGCAGCGUCAGCUAAGAAGAAGAAUAAGAAGGGGAAGACCCUCACUCUGACUGACUUCCUGGCAGAGGACAAGGGAACCAGCAAUGCGCCCCCCAGCUACCCAGCCAAGUCCACUAGCUGGGCCGACGAGACCGAUGACUUAGACGGAGAUGUUUCAACCUUGUGGCACACGGAGGAGGAUUCAUUCCGGGCAUCGGCCAUUGACCGGUCCAUCCUGCCCACAGCACCUCGCUCGGCUCGUGAACCCAAUGUUGACCGGUCCCGACUGCCCCGCAGCCCACCGUACACGGCCUUCCUGGGCAACCUGCCCUAUGAUGUCACUGAGGACUCGAUCAAAGACUUCUUCCGCGGCUUGGCAAUCAGUGCAGUGCGUCUGCCUAGAGAGCCCAGUAACCCAGAGAGGCUGAAGGGCUUCGGCUAUGCUGAAUUUGAUGACGUGGACUCCCUCCUGAGGGCCCUGAGUCUCAACGAGGAGAACCUGGGAAACCGAAGGAUCCGUGUAGAUAUUGCAGACCAGUCGAAUGAUAAAGAGAGAGACAAUGGUUCUAUGGGAGGCCGAGACAGGGGUGGACGGAUGUCGGACAUGGGGCCCGACAAGACGGACAGUGACUGGAGGGCUCGUCCCACUUCAGAUGCUGCCGACGAUGGACCUCCCAAGAGAGAGGAAGCUUUUGGAGAGAGAUCACGGGACCGCUAUGAGUCAGAUCGUUUCAAAGAUGGGCCACGGCGGGACAAUGACCGCUACGAUGGAGGACGAGACCGCUUCCGAGAUCGCUAUGAUGACAGGGACCGUAGAGACUUCGAUAGAGGAGGUUUUGACUCUCGUGGUGGUAGUGCUGGUCGUGACGCAGGAGGAGGUCGUCGUGCCUUUGGCACCGGCUUCCGCCGCGAUUAUGAUGACAGUCGAGGUAGCAGUGAUCGUUUCGGGGAACGUGGGGAACGCGAGGACCGGUAUGAGAGAAGGGAGGAUAAGCGUGACGGAGCUGCUGUGGAGAGACCCAAGUUGGUCCUUAAGCCCCGUAGCAUGCCCAAGGACGAAGAAGGUGGUGGCGGUGGAGGAGGCAGUGGUGGCGGUGGCGGUGGUGGCGGUGGUGGCGGUGGCGGCGGUGGUACCACCCCAGCUGCACCCCCGAGCUCCGGCAGCAGGACCUCGUCCAUCUUUGGUGCGGCCAAGCCGGUUGACACAGCAGCCAAGGAGAGGGAGGUGGAGGAAAGGCUGAAGAAAGAGGAAGAGAGACUGCAGAGGCAGCUGGAGGACGACAAAGGCCGGGGACCCGACAGAAAGAUGCGAGACAGGGACCCAAGCUGGCGUACUGAAGAAACUCAUACUCAGCGUUCUCGCACAGGAAGUGAGUCUUCACAGCAAGGAAGUACUUCUGGAAGAGGCUCCCGGUGUCGAGAUGGUGAGCGCUCUGGAGAGAAUGAGGUUUUCAGUGCGAGAGAAGGUGAGCCCUCCUCCCCUGGGACCUCACCGCUGCCCCCCCCUAUCAGCAGCUCCAAGGAGCCGCUGAAGGUGGUGCCUGCACCUCCUCCAAAGGAGAACGUCUGGGCCAAGAGAAGUGCAGCCAGCACAGGCUCUAGCGAGGGUGAUGGGCGACCUCCAGUUUCUCCUGUCUCUCCAAGUGAUUCAACUCCUCCCAAGCUCAGCUCCCCGAGUUCUGCAGAUGAAAGAGAAUCUGGAAAAGAUGAGAACAAGGCUGACGGUAUGCGUCGGGACCGGGGUCCCCCAAGGGCACGAGGGGGGCCUGCAGGGCCUGGAGCAGGGCGGGCCCGAGGAGAGGGUCCCAACAGAGACCGAAGAAAGGAGGCAGACAGAAAGGAUAACAGAAGAGACCGAGACUCCAGACCACCCCCAGAGCCAAAGAAAUUUGAAGGAGCCCCAGCCCCUAAGUUCAGCUCAGCCAGUAAGUACGCCGCUUUGCUAAUGGACGAAGACCAAGGAGAUGACGCAGAGGACGUAGAAUAGAAAGAAGAUAACGAGACAAGACCCGAAAGCGCAAGAAGAAGAAGAGGAGAAGAAGAUGACCGCUGAAAAAGUAAUCUCACAUAGCUUAUGAAAAAACUCCUCACAUGGAAGAGGCUCCUGGGAGGACUUCACUCCCUCCUUCCUUUCCUCCUACAAACCUGUCCUUUUUCUUUCAAAACACCCACCCAUCCUCCCUCCCCCGCCCCAACUUCAGGACUAUUCAGCUUCUUAAGAAUAGUCGCAUACUGGACUUGUUUUAAAUGGAAAAGGAGUAGCUGACACAUGGAAAAGUGAUGGAUAACAUUGAAUUAAUUGUAAUAAAUAAAUGGAAAAAGUGGGGAAAAAAUGAAUUUGUAUAUUUGUGUAUCACUGAUGUGGUGAGGUUGGAUGAUAUGACAGAAGAUGUAGUUUACUAAGUGGAACCUGUUUUUUUUUUUUUUUUUUUAAUAUCUUUUUAUCCAUUUUUGAUUCAUUGACUGGCAUAAUUACUGGAUCAAAUGCAUUACUAUUCAUUAUAAGCCUUUUUAUUCUAAAUUAAAGUAUUAUUAUAGAAUUAUUUUAAAUCAAUCGCCUAAAUCAAAUUUAUUCACGAAAAUUGUUCAAGAAAACCCCGUUUUCCAAUACUGCAUCAUAACUGUUGAGAUGGGUUACCAGUGUAAAACCAUUUGUCAUGUGUGCAGCACCAUGUAGCAUGAUUGAACUGCUUCCAAGCUGAUUCACAGUAUUGCAAUAGAGGACUGUGUAAUGGACUAAAGUAUUGCAGGAGUGACUAAUAUUUUUCAAAAAGAAAAGAAAACACACAGCCGCUGCACGAUUCUCACUGAAUUUAGUGCCAUCACUAUUAUCCUCAGUCAUUGCAUUGAUGAAAACCAUUAAAGGCUCAUAAUGGUUGUUUAAAGCUGUCUUAAAGAUGCUCCACAGCUGUCUAAAUCAUUCACUCUUUCAGAAGUGAGUAAUACAAAAUAUUUGGGGAAAGUCUGGAGUUGCCUAGGAUGUGAGGAUUUCCAUGAACAUGUCUUCCAAUUUUCAAUAAAUUGGGGUCAUCUUGUGCGUUCAAA